UUACCUUAUUUGUAAUUGUAUGAACAUUGAUUAUAUCUCAUUAACAGUGUGUUAAGAAGAAAGUAGAAAAGUUCUUAGAGUUCUUAGUCUUCAAUUAAUUCAGAGAGUUCAGAUCAAGGUUUAAAAUGAAACUGUCAACAAGCUACAAGCACAGUUCAUUUAUUUUCACAAAUCUUCAAUUACUUGGAGCAGGAAAUGGAUUGAGUAGAAUUAGAUUGUUAUAUUCUUCAAGUAAACUGAACCUUCCAGUUCUCAAAUCCAAUACAGAACAGUCAAAUCAGGGGCAAGACAAAUCAAAAUGUGGAUUUGCGUUCGCUAAGCAUGGAGAUUUUGUUCAGGCUGAACCUCAACACCAAAACUCGUGGACUUCAGACGGAUUCUUACAGUCCUAUUUCAAGCUGAAUCUUCCUAAGGAAAUUUUUAACCAGAUUGAACCAGACUUGACCAGGUUUGGGGGUAGAUGUGCUGAUGAUAUCUGGAAGCUAGGAAGAGAGUGUGAGGAGAACCCCCCUUAUCUCAGGCAGACGACUGCCUGGGGAAAAAGAGUGGAUGAUAUUAUAACCUGUAAUGCCUGGAAGGAACAGAAGAGAAUAUCAGCUGUAGAAGGAUUAAUCGCAAUUCCAUACGAAAACAAACAGGGUGAGUUCAGCAGAUUGUACCAGUGUGCUAAGCUGUACAUGUACAGCCCUUCGUCUGGUCUGUACAGUUGCCCUCUGGCCAUGACAGACGGUGCAGCAAAGACGAUUCAUAGUUUAAAACUCCCGCUAGAAGAAGCUUGGGAACACUUGAUAUCAAGGAACCCGGAUCAAUUCUGGACUUCAGGACAAUGGAUGACUGAGAAAAGAGGAGGAUCUGAUGUUGGUUCAGGAACAGAAACCCUAGCUUUCCAUCAGGAAACUGGUUUGUUUAAUCUUCAUGGAUAUAAAUGGUUUUCUUCUGCUACAGACUCAAAUAUGGUGCUAACCCUGGCUAGGAUAGUGGAUGAUCAGGAUGGUGCUACUAAAGGUAGCAGGGGAUUAAGUAUGUUCUACCUAAAAUUAAGAAAUGAUGAUGGACAACUGAACAAUAUUCAGGUUGUGAAAAUGAAGAACAAACUUGGAACCAGACAACUUCCAACAGCUGAACUUUUAUUAGAUGGAACUACUGCUGAGCUAGUGAGUGAGGAGGGACGUGGAAUAGCUUCAAUAUCUAGUAUGCUCACUGUUACAAGAUUACAUAACACUAUCUCGAGUGUGGGAGCUAUGAGGAAAAUAUUAAGCUUAGCUCGAGAUUAUGCAACCAGGAGAACUGCCUUCGGAGCUAGAAUUGACUCACUUCCUCUACAUAUUCAAACACUUUACAGAAUGGAGAUUGAGACACGAGGUUGUUGUAUUCUGAUGCUUGACCUGGCUAGACAGAUGGGUCAACAUGAUACAAAUACCAUCAACGAUCAGGAUUUACUCCUAAUGCGUUUAAUGACCCCGGUUGCUAAGUUCUAUACAGGGAAGAUGGCAGUUUCAGUAAUAUCUGAAGGUCUUGAAUGUUUCGGGGGCCAGGGAUAUAUAGAGGAUACAGGUCUACCGUCUAUGCUUAGGGAUGCCCAGGUUCUGCCUAUCUGGGAGGGGACCUCAAGCUUGAUGAGCUUGGACGUUGUCCGGGCAAUUACCAAGACAAGGGGGGAGGUGCUCAGGGCAUUCAGUGCUCGGGUUAAUAAUAUAGUAGACAAGGUAGAAGAGCAUUCUAAGUUGAGUAAACCUGGACUGCUUCUAAAGGAUACAGUGGCUAAGAUGCUCCGACUUCUCUCAGAGCAACCUCAAAUCUUGGAGCAGUGCGGACGAGAUCUAGCAGUUACUCUGGCGCACACUUAUAUUUCUGCUCUUUUGUUGGAACACGCUCACAGAAGCGGUGAUGAAGUUGAUGUUGAUGUAGCUGUUGGUUGGUUUGAGAGGGAUCUGGCUCCUAUUCUACGAAAUAAAGAUUUCUAUUCUAAACCUGAAACCCAGAAACAGAAAAGCAUUGUUUAUCAGAAUUACGAAGAGUAAUCCAAUUUAUAAGUUAAAAAUCAGACACAAUUUUUAUAUAAAACAACACUUAAAGAAACGAUUUAAUUUUGCAAUUUCUUUUGAAAAAAGUAAGCACUAAUUGUAGAAAUAAAAUACAAUCUCUGAAAAUGUAACAAAAAUCACAUGGAAGGCGACUUUCUAAUGCGUGUCGGGAUAUAAACCAUGUGAUUAAAAUAUUUAUACUGAAUUUAUAUUUAUAUUUUACUAUGAGAGAAAAAAACAAUAUUUAGAAAAUAUAGUU